CCACCACCUCGCCCUCGUCGCCCGUCACACCCACAUCCGCCCACGCUGUCGCUCGCCGCGCGUCUCCUCCGCAUGGCCUCGGGCGCGCCGCCCGCGUGGCCGCCGGGCCCCAGCGGCGCGUGGAACCAGGCGCUGGCCGUCAUGGCGGCGCACCCCAAGCCCGAGACGCUGCCGCCCGACGUCUACCUGCGCCACGACGAGCACACCCUCACCAUCUACGACGGAUACCCAAAGGCCAAAUAUCACUUUCUCAUCCUGCCACGCAUGCCCUUCAAGUUCGAGAAGGACUUCACAAAGGACGGAGAGCCGGGGCAGCCAAAGAACAUUGACAGCAUCAUGGCGCUCAUGCGCACAGACAACGCCCUCGACGUGCUCGAGCGCCUGGCAGCGGCGGCAGAGGAGCUCAAGCCGAUGAUCAAGGACGAGAUGCGCCAGACGCCGCUGCCGGGCGGCACGGAGCCGGCAGGCGUGCACUGGAACAUCCAGGCGGGCUUCCACGCGCUGCCGAGCAUGGCACACUUGCAUCUGCAUGUCAUGAGCGCCGACCUCAUCUCGCCCUGCCUCAAGAACAAGAAACACUACAAUUCCUUCAAUCCGCGCGGGGGCUUCUGGCUCGAUCUGUACGAGACGAUCGAGCUCGCCAGGCGCGGCGAGCACACGCUGCGCAAGCCCAACGGCAUGGCGCACUUCAAGCACGAGCGCGACAACGCCCCGCUGCUCUCGAUCUACACGGGCGCGACGAUCAAGAACAUGCCGACGCUCAAGACGCACCUGCAGGAGAUGUGGGAGAAGCAGAUGCACAAGCGGGCAGAACGGCUGCGCCUGACGGGCACGCAGGAUCAUCCCGAAAAGGCCGAGCAGCGCGCAUUGGGCCGCGAGGGCGUCAAGAAUCCGUGGACGCGCAUUCCGAGGGAGGACUACGACCCGGACAGCCCCAAGUCGUACGACCACCUGACGGGCAAGCGCAAGAGGGCGGCGGAGAAGGAGGCAAAGUCGAUAAGCGUGCUGGAGGCGGACAAGUGGGCACUGUACCCGGGCGGCAAGGGCAGGAAGAGCGCAAGCGAGACGUCGGAGACGGAGAGUGAGGACGAUGGAGUGCCGCGCGAGCCUGCCACCAAGUCCAAGGGCAAGGGCAAGGCUGAGCAGCAUAACGAGCCGCCGCAGCCGGCCAAGCAGUACGACGCACCACCGCACGUGGCGAAGCAGUACGACGAGCCGCCGCACGCGCAACGCAGCAGCGACAACGACUUUGCGGCGUCGAAGUGGAUCAGCGAGGCGGAGGCGCAUGACGUGCUGCCCCGAGCGCCGCGCGGCAAGGCCAAGGCCAAGCAGCCUGAGUACGCCGAGCCGCUGCACUCGCAAGACGCUGGCGCAUCGGGCGACAAGUUCGUGUGAGGCGCUCCUGGCUUCGUUCUUGCAUCUACAUACCAGCACAUCACUCUCUGAGCAUCACGCCUUGCGCCGCGCUGCAUUCUGUCUCCCCUCGCUGUUCGUCCCACGUCCUCAUGUCACGAUUCGAGCUAUGAGCCGCUGUAAUUGCACGCCCUUCACUUCUCGCCC